UAAACACUCCUAUGGUCCAAUUACUCAGCAAUCUAAGAGACUACGCUUGGCAGAGUGGUACAUUCCGAGCUGUAACAAACGCCGGGGUGUUGAGGUUGAGGAACAGCGGGGUCUGAAUGCAGCUUCACCCAAGAUAAACAUGGCUACAGGGGAGCAAGAUGAAGAACGAAGAACCACAGCGGAAGCUCGGAGACUGACCGGGCUUGUGGACGUGUCGAGGACUGAGUACUGUAACAAGCUGCGGGAGUGGAUGUGGCACUACUACUGCGGCUAUGCGAGUUGGCAGAGCUGGAUGUGCGUGUCGGCGCUACCUCUGGCUCCUCCAUGGCUUCCCCCGCAGCCUGGCAGCCAAACGGCUAACAUCCAUCCUCACCCACCAGUCCCAACCUCCGCCGACAUCUCCAACUGGUACAUGCAGCUCACCAGUCCGCCUCACAUACAUGCCACCGCGGCUAAUCGGCCCGGAAAUUCCUCAUCAACAACGACCCCUGAAGCGGCUGCAAACCCGGCACAGGCGAAUGGAAACCUGGCGCAGCAAGCAGGUCGAGAGUACACCAUCCCCUCACCUUUACACCGAUUUCUAGCUGAAAUGGUGGAUUUCUUCAUCCUCUUCUGUGUGAAAGCGACAAUAGUUCUCUGGAUAAUGCACCUAAGUGGAAUGAAGGACAUUUCUAAAGUCAUCAUGCAGUUUGUAGUGGAGGAGAUCGAUGAGAACACGUCUCUGGAGGACCUGCAGAAGAUGAUGGUGGUGGCUCUGGUGUACAGGGUUUUAGUUUGUUUCUAUGAGAUUAUAUGUAUUUGGGGAGCAGGAGGAGCCACACCAGGGAAAUUCCUGCUUGGGUUACGCGUUGUCACCUGUGACUCUACCAUUUUGGUACGGCCCAACCGUGUCCUUGUGGUACCAGCUUCUAACGUCACCUUAUCAGCAUCCACCGUACGGGCCUUGAAUAAGAACCUGUCCAUUGCGUUCCUCUUUCCGGUCUUCAUCACACUGCUCUUCUUUCAGCACAACCGGACUGUGUAUGACAUUGUGGCAGGAACCAUCGUGGUGCGGCGUCGCGGGGCCAGAUGACCCGCGUGAAGAGUGACUCCAUGUAAAAGUGUUAUUUAAGCCUAAAGGUUAUAGCCAUUGAAGUCCAGGUUGAUUUUAUUCAAUAUAUGCUUAAUUUAUUCAAUUGUAAAGUUACAAUGUAGUUGCUAAACAACAUGUCCGUUUUACAUAAGUUGCUGGUAAACAUUAGAAAGCACUACAAAAUGAUAUUUAAAAAAAAAAAUUAUAAUACUGUAUUAA